GGCGGCCCAGAAAUAGCAGCAGCCGCGGUCCCGCCCGCGGGCUGCCUCGAGCGAAAGGCGGAGACUGGAGGCCGCUGGCUGGGCGCGGGCGCGGCGCGGCCCCGGCCCUGGAGGAUGCUGAGCCCCUGCCCGGUCCGGCCCCGAGCACAUGAUGGCGAUACGGGAGCUCAAAGUGUGUCUUCUCGGGGAUACCGGGGUUGGGAAAUCCAGCAUCGUGUGCCGAUUUGUCCAGGAUCAUUUUGACCACAACAUCAGCCCAACCAUUGGGGCAUCUUUUAUGACCAAAACUGUGCCUUGUGGAAAUGAACUUCAUAAGUUCCUCAUCUGGGACACUGCUGGGCAGGAACGGUUUCAUUCACUGGCUCCCAUGUACUAUCGUGGUUCUGCUGCCGCUGUCAUAGUAUAUGAUAUUACGAAACAGGAUUCAUUUCAUACCCUGAAGAAAUGGGUAAAAGAACUGAAGGAACAUGGUCCAGAAAACAUUGUAAUGGCUAUUGCUGGAAACAAGUGUGAUCUCUCAGAUAUUAGGGAAGUUCCCUUGAAGGACGCUAAGGAAUAUGCUGAAUCCAUAGGUGCUGUUGUGGUUGAAACAAGCGCGAAAAAUGCUAUUAAUAUCGAAGAGCUCUUUCAAGGAAUCAGUCGCCAGAUCCCACCCUUGGACCCCCAUGAGAAUGGAAACAACGGAGCAAUCAAACUUGGGAAGCAAACCACGCAAGCCGGCCGGCGGUGCUGCUGACCCAUGGUACCAUGGUCCGCUGUACUUGAAGAAGCCAGAGCCGACCUCCCAUUCUCGGCGGCCUGGCACCCCACGUAGGGAGAAGAGAGAUGCUGGCUUGGCAUCCUGGAAGACCUGCCACCAUGGGGCAGGGAAUGUCCCUGGGAAAGGCUUUUAGAACACUCCAGAAAAAUCUGCCAUACUGCCACAAAAUGGCCUUUGUACAUGAAAUGCACAUGAGAGGGAACAGAUGUUAGGUAAUAAGUAUAGUUGAGUUUUUUGUUGUUGUUAAAAAACCUUAAGUUGCUUUUCAAUUUGUAUAGCAGUCUCACUGGCUUAUCUGUGUGUGGGAUUCUGAGGUGGCCUUUCCCUCCAACUUCCUGGGUUCCUCAGCCCAGUUCUGGCAAAUUACCCAGUGCCACUGCCUCUGUUACCUGACCAGCCUUCACUGAAAGGUUCAUUUCAUUUCAUUUACCUUUCAGUGGAGUGUAAUUGAAUCAUCACUCAAGCUAGACACUUGAGCCAUUAUGAAAAGCAGAGAAAGAUGUAUUAGAAACUGUUGUCUACAUCUUUGACUUCUACUUGAUGCCUGUUUUUCUACAUUUUGGUCAUAUAUAAAUAAACAAACCAGAUCCGACUAAAAUAUUUCAUGCAAUUUUGGGCUUGGGAGGCCCAGUUUGAAAGAGUCAUUUGAGUAGUUACCGUAUAAAUGGUGACAGAUGUAGGGUAUAAAUAUUUUUCCAGAAACUGCCUGGGAUACAUCAUCUCCAGAGUUAUAAAUUCCCACUCUCUUACAGAAGGUUAAUUCACAGAGUAGGGUUUUACUAAGACAGUAUGUCAUGGUGUCAUAUCUAGGGGGAAAAUUAACUGGAGGGUGUUUGAAUCUAAAUCAUAGGGCAAACUUCUAAUAUUAUCAAUCAUUAGGUUACAGGAAAGCCAGCCAGAGGAAGCAAUGGCACCUUAAGAUUCGAGACACCCCUAUCCCACCCCCACCCCUGGCAAAUUACAAAACUGAAGAGAGUGUUUUAGAAGAUGCCAAGCUUGGGCAGUUGGCGUUAGGACUCACCAGAGGUCCAACCCUGGAAUGCCUGUUAGCUGAGAGUAGACUUCCAGAAAACCUUCCGUUCUAGAUUCCCCAUCUGCUCAGUUAAUUAAAGGUGUCUGAAUCUAAUGGAAGGAAAGGGAAAGAAGACACAGAAGGGAAGAAAAGCUAUUUCCACUAGAAAUCCAAAUCUUAUUACCACUCUAACUUCCUUAAUACCUGGGAUCGAGAAGCAGUUGGUUUCCUAGUAGGGCUUAUACUGGGGGCAAAUUCCUAAAGGAUGUUUGGAUCCGUGCCUCCUGUGAGGACUAGGAAACUGUCAAGACUGGCUGGUCUCAGAAAUGGUUAAUCAGGCAGUGUGGGAACAGGGCCAGAUGGUACCUUUUUUGCUAGAAGCAUUCAAGGCCCAGCAAACAUUAAUAGAAAACCUAUAACACAAAAGCCUGGAAAGAGAUGGUGAGCCGACCAAAGACCUCAAGACUCCAGUAACUCAGUGUGAUCCUCUCGAGGUUGUGCCCUCCCUGCCCUUGAUGGGUAGGAACACUGAGAUCUCCAUCAAGAAAAAGCUGGGGUCUUUGAGAGAGUCACAGCCAAGUUGACACUCAUUUAUGGGGACUAUGAUCAAGAAAACAGGUGGAAAUCACAGAUUUAGGGAUUGUUCUUUUCUUCCUAGAAGAACUCAAGAAUAGGUUGUCAAUCGGUUAUCUCCACUGCUCCACUCAGCUUGCUAGAAUAGUCUGACAAUCGUAGGAUGCGCAGGCCAGAAACACUUAUUUUUGGUUCAAGAGUGCCUCUUAGCUCUCCGAGGCAGGCACUCAAAAACUCCAAGUGGCAUUUGGAAAGUCUUGGCAGAGUCUUUUCUGGGCUUUUUAGGGUUCUCCCCACAUUGUCAACUUCACUAGCAGCUGGCAUGAUGCUGCUUAUAGGCCAAGGGAUGACCAUGCCUCUUCUGAAAGUUAAAAAAUUGGGGCUGCAAAUCGAAUGACCUCUUUGCGGGGGACAUGAAGCCUCAUCGUGGAAGCUUUCCUCAUCCAGCUGUCCCUGAGAACCUGGGCCUCUCUCUAGAUAGUCACUCAGGAUGCCCAGCUAGGGCGGGCCACGUCCCCGCGGGGUUCCCAGCCCUGGGCAGGGUCCUUAGUGACUGCGUCUUGCUUGCAAGAGCUGAUGUUAAUCACAUGUUGGGAGCAACCCGCGAAUAAGCCCGAGGUCUUAUUUCAGGAUCUCAUUGAGGCUGUGAAACGCUCUUUUACCUUUCCGUACUGCCUUAACUCUUCCAGCCGGUCAGAUGACAGUAUGUUUAUAAUCACUACUCAGAGCAACUGGGGGAAAGAGUACACAGCACUUGGGCACACAUACAUUCAUAGAAACGUGGAGUCUCCUCUUCAGAGAGACGCUUCGGUCUCACCUGCGAGGAAGCUUCCUUCCUUCCUUUAUUUUGCCUUGCAGUUACCUCCUGGCUGUUCUGAUCGUUGAACUCCAACCACGUAAUACCACAUAAAGGCCUGGAAAUGACUGUUGCUCCAGAAUGUCAAGUAGUUUCAUGUGAUGUAAAUCCUUCCCAUCAUUUUCCAAACUUUGCUUUUUUGCCCCCCUCCAUUCUCUUUCCUUCCACGCGCGUGUAUAUGUGUAAAUAGGAUUUUGUAUUUGUGACACCGACAUGUAAUGCAUUUCACUGGCUGAGCCUAGCUCGUGCCUAUGUGAUGUGCAGCAUAGGCCUGGGUUCUCCUGGGGGUCAUUUCCCCGUGGGAACCCCUACGGUGGCGCUGGAGUCAUGCGCACGCAUUUUAGGUCGGUACGUAAUUGACUUGCCAUUUUAUACUUGAAAUGGUACAUCAGGGUGCUCAGAUGACGUUACCUUGCAGACUAUAGAAGGUUGAAGACCUGAAACUAUUUCAGCCAACGGAAGGGCUGUGCCCCAAGGAGAACUGAAUUCAUGGGCCAAGGGAGGUUUGGAUGAUGGGAAUAAUUCCUUUACGGUCAAGGAUUAUGGCGUAUGCGGGCUGAAGCCGAGCUCCUCUUAUGGGACUCCACUCGCUGCAAUGCUCACAGCCAGCUGAAUUUCAAGCUAGCUUAGAAACUAAAGGGCUCUGAGCUGUAUUCAGAUCCAUUCCGCAUCCAGUCUACUUUUUCAGCCAUCCUUGUUGAAAGCAGACCCAGGGAUCCAAUGUCCAUGCUCUGUUGCGAAAACCGUUCCUUUCUCUCGUGUUUCUAUAAAGGGCUUCUGGCUGGGCUGGACCCAGUUCUCACGUAUAGAAGAUGCUGCUGCAGACAAUUAGGACCUUUCCACCUUGUAUUCUAUAGCGAGGCGCUGCCCUCAACAUCACCCCAUUGUGUAUGUUAUUGGGGUUUAACACACACUGAUUUGUACUAAUAAAUAUUGUAAGUUUCA